AUGACGGAGAAAAGAAGAAGAAAGACAGGCUGUCUAACAUGCCGCAGUCGACAUGUCAAAUGCGACGAGAGGAAACCAGAGUGCGAACGUUGUGAGAAAGCCAAUGUUGAGUGCGCAGGUUAUGCAGAGAAACGACAAUUGAAAGUCCGAUAUCCGGGGCAAAGUACGGCAAGCACAGAGAAUGAGAAUCGCGGAGGGGAAGCACGAGAGAGAGCCCCUUCUCAACCUCUUCAAGUUCCUCAAUGUGUCCCACUAAAGACUUUCGAAGAGAACCUACACUUGGUGCCUUUUCCUAUCAAUUCAAAUCAGGUUCAUCGGCCUCACUCGCGUGCCCGCGAUCUCUUGGGUUAUAACCAGUACGUUUCCCGAACUUUGUCCAUAUUGUUCUCACCAAAAGCCUUGCACUUCUGGAAAGACUUUCUGUGCCAAGCUGCCUGGGAACAAGAAUGGGCAUUUGAUACUAUUGUUGCCCUUGGCUCCAUGCAUCGUGCAGCUCUCCUACUUUCUCAAGAAGGCGGAAAUUGUCGCGAGUACGGUCUAGACACAAAGAUCGCUGCAAUCCAAACGUACAUCAGAGCCCUCGAGGGACUAUCGUUGGAUUUGCGUGGCAGGAAUAGUCCCACGCCACUGGCGGUAGGGGUACUUGUUCUCAUGGCCUAUAUUGAAUGCUUCUUAGGAAAUAUUCCUGCUGCGAUUCGCCACAUUCAAGUCAUCCAGUAUUACUCAUUUACUAUGAAAGCCGAUGAAAGUUACCCUGUGGAUGAUUUUGUCUCACCCAUCGAGUCAUCUAUCCGUGACUUAGAGCUCAUCUGUCGUAUUGUGAGACCCUUCCCAAGCCCAUUAGAGCCUAUUUCAUUAUCGAAUGCAGAAAAGUCAACUGUGAACCUCCCCUUUUCUUUCUUUGGGUCAGUGGCUGGUUCAUCCUCAGGGAUACUUCAGCAACUACUUGAGUUCACAUGUGCAGACCUCGACCUGAAGCAUCUUGUGUGGUGCGUUUAUGCAGCCCAUUACAAGACCGUCUCCAAAGAGAAAGUUCUGGCCUUCCUGAAGGCCCUUGAUAAUUGGAGAACAAAUAACUUACCAGCUUUGGACAACUUAGAACCAGAGCAUUUGCUACCAAGCCACCAAAAUUCCUCAUAUCAAAAUCUGGGGAAAUUGGAAUUCCCGCCACCAUGCUAUAGCAAUCUCCCCGAAGAUUCCUGUUUGCCUCUGGCGUUAUAUACCUUCUACAGGGCACGUCUUCUCUGGGCGUUGUGCCUUCUAGGAGACCCAAAAGGCGAACUUGAAUUGGAGACUUAUUUUCAUAUAUACCAGUUCCUUCGUUACACGAGAACCGCUUUGAUCAGCCCAAACCACUCUAAAUUCAAUAGAAACCCGUUGUGUGAGAAUCUGAGAAUUGGAUUUUCGCCCUUGCUUUAUCUUGCGGGGCGUUGCUGUCCUACGGCAUCGUGGCUUCGCUGGAUCAUUCAGGAACUCGAAGGUAUCAAACAUGAGGGUGUCUUCCAAAGCAAGGCAUUCGCGACAACUCUUGACAUUCUCCUUUCACUGGAAAAUAAGAACAUUUGUACUUGGAAUCCAUCUUUUUUUGGGCAUAAAUUUGUGCCCCCCGGCUCUCGGAUAGUCGCUUUAUUUGUUCCUGGUCUUGAUGGCCGAAGCUACGAAGCAUACUUUGCUCGGCCCGCCGAGACCGCAGACGAUACGAAAGGGGAUUUCAUAGUUUCCAAGGUCGCUCGCUGGUCAGAUGCGACAGCAGAAACAAGCCCUGUCAGCCAAGACUAUAAAGCCCUUCAACAGCUAUUUUCCAGAGAGUGGCUCAUGCAGCAACCCUUGGUACGGAAAUGGGUAGCAUGGAGUUACGAUUCUGAAUUUGACUUCAAUAAAGUGAUUCAGGAUCAUAUUACUGGUAAUCGCCUUUUACUCGACACUGAGUCGAUAUAA